AUGGUUAAAUGCAAAUUCCAUGUCUUCACUAACGCCUUAUUCUGCACCACCAGCAGGUCCUACUUACCUUCUUUUGAUCACCACCCUAAGAAGGAAGCGUUUGCCGGUGUCGCUGGUACAGAAGUUAGCGAGCGGUCUGGCCUCCUCAUUGCUGCAGAAUUCAACAAAGACUUACUCAAAGACUCCGUGCGUGUAAACUUCCUGUGUGGAUCUCUCCUACGCCUGCUGGAACACUUUGAGGACUUCAAGAGGAAUGACGCAGACUUUCAGGUAGACUUGUUCUGUGAAGAGACACUUGGCUUUGCUCUGGAUCACCUAACACCCAACGCCGUGUCCCCGAGAGCCCAGUUUGUGGCCGCACUAGGGGAUGUGGACAAACUGUCACGUGAUCAGAGAGAUGCACUCACCGCGGCCACCGCCAACUGGAGACUACUCAUACACAAAACGAGAGCGACUUUGCAGCUUGACCUAUUGACUCCCAAGGACAGGACAAAGGUCAAGGACACGCUGAUGGCUGUGGGGAGGGAUCUGCUGCACCUUGAGAGCAAGAAUGACGUCAUAGAGGUCAUGGACUUGGUUCGUCGUGCAUACUGCCAAAAUUUCGAGACCAGGAAACAAGUGAGCCUGGUGGUGACCGCCCAUCUCGUGUCCACUCUACUGACCACUGCAGACCUGUCCGGCAUCACAGAGGUCACGCUACUGGCCGGGGCCCUCAAUACCUCGGCACGGUGCUCUGUCACACGUCUCACGACACUGCUGGGAGAUCCUACUGGUGGAGCUCCUAAAUGCCCCAGCGGAGAUAAGAGACAUCGUGUGGCUCGCAGUACCCCGGAAAAAGCGCUGGGCAAAGAAUCUACCUCAGUCUCAGCAUCUCAAACAGCGGGCUCCAGGCUUGUCGGGACGCGAGGUGUGCUAGUGUUGACCUCCAAGAUGGCGGAUAGGGUUGCGAUCACCGCCUUCCUCCUCGACCGCCUUGUCACAAGGUUUACCCAUCGACUCGGGUAUUUGCGAACGGCCUUGCAGAAGAGAGUGGUGACACCGGAUAAAAUGAUCAACUUCCUGUGCUGCCCCUCACCCAGCGAGGCCAAGGAUGUUCCCAAGGUCAAGGUCUCGGUGGAGGAGGCGGUCAAGGUCGUGACCUGUGUGGGUCAGAGGUUGGAGGAGACAGAGGAGUCUGUCCGUCUGCUGAGCCGUAUUGUGGAGAGCCUGAGCAGGACACGGAGUGGUGCCAGGCCACGAUUGCUGGACGCAGCAAACCCCACAACUCUGUCCCAACUGGUUCGCUGCGUGUUUACUUCCCUUUUCCAGUCUGUGGCACACGUCAUCACAGGGAGCCCUCCCCUUGGCCCUCUCCCUUCUCCAUCCCCAUCCCCGCCACCACGGGAGCAGGUCGGCCAUGAUGAAAAGACGCACGUCACGGUGUCGUCCGUCGCUCAUGUCAUCGUGGUCCGUGACGUCACAAACAUGGAGAAGGUGGUGGAAGGGGAGUUGGACCAGAGAGGGUUGUGGUCGGCCGGCGAUGUGGCGGGGAGCGGAGAGACUUCGAUGCUGUCUCUGCCCUGGGAGGAGGUCGGCUCGGUAUUCUGCGAACUGAAGACUGUCUUAGACUCUCUGAGAGAGGAGGAGGGAGGAGGUUUGGAGGGUGAAUUCAAGAAGUCUUUUGGAGAAGGAGGUAUAAUAGGUGAAACACUCGUGUCAUUUGGAGAGGGAGGACAGGGAGAAGGAGGAGUUGUACACCCUCUUACAGAGGGAGGAGGAAGAGGAGGAAUAGGAAGAGAAGGAGGAGGACGAGGAGGAGGAGUCUUCAAGUCAUUUAGAGAGGGAGAAGUAGAUGAAGCCCGCAAGUUCUUUAAACAGGGAGGAGGAGAAGAUGGACGCUUACGCUCUCUUCAGGAAGGAGGAAAAAGCGGAAUCCUCAAGUCCACUAUAGAGGGGGAGGCAAAAAAAGGGGAGGAGCUUGAAAAUGGAGAGAGGGACAUUGGAGGAGGAAAGGCGGCUUAUGGAAAACACGGGGGAGGAGAGGGCGAAGCCUGUGCUUGUGAACUCGUGAACGAGAUGCUAUGUCAGAUGCUGACGUCAGCCGGGGACGGAGGUCAGUUCUUUGCCGUCACCUGGAUCGUAGAACUUCUCGGACAAUACGAGGAGAAAGGGGGAGAAGUGGGAGGAGGAGGAGGAGGGAGAGGAGGAGAGAGAGGUGGAGAGGGAACUGAAGAAAGCCAUGGAGGAACAAGUCAGCGCGGCCUUCACCGUCAACGACAGCUACGACGCCAAACUCCGCGGGGCAGCCUGCUUCCAUACCUUGUACGACAAAGUCAAGGAUGAUGUACAUCACGCCAAGGCCACGAUCGUGCCAGCUAGUCUACUUCUCUUCCUCCCACCAACUCUCCCCGUCCCCCUUGGAUCUCAGACUGGUAGUGGUGGUAGUGGUAUAGUCUCUAACAGAAGAGGUAUCCCCCACGAGAAAAGUUCUUUGGUGGCUGCUGCAAGAAGGCAGAAAAUGAGCAUGGUGUCCAAGAGAGAAAAAUGUGAGCUAGCGCAUUAUGGGCGGAGCCCGAGAGGGGCGAGACUUGAUGCUAUGGCUCCGCCCCACGUCAUGACUUUGGAGAAGUACGUGGAGCGGCUGUUGUGCCAGGUGGUCGACUUGGCGGGGAGUUCUGAGAUGGAGAAAAGUCGUUUUGUGCAGGUGAUAGGGGACGCGUGUGACGUGGUGAGCCUGGAAUGUUCUGACCACACCCAUAGUCCGGACACAGCCCCUCCCUCCCCCGGCGGGGAGAACGCGUCCAUAGAUCUCUGCGUGCUGCUGACGGAAAUACUGCGGGCACGGGUCACCUCUGUGUCUAAGCACCCCUGUGCAUUCGUCAAGAAAGGAAUCAGUAGAAAGAAGGAGGGAGGUGACGCUGCUGUGAGUAGCAGGAGGUUUGAACCCCUACCGCCACGCCCCCUUGGUAGCCUCAACAAGGCAUCCAGUGGUUACCUCGACCCUUACGCCGCUGACGUCAAGGAGAGGCAGAGGUGGAUUUCUGGAUUGCACAGAUUUGUCGCUUGUGGGAAGCGGGGAGCGGGAGUGUCCGAGCUGUUUUACAGCAAACGCCAGCCUAACAUUAACAUGGCAGUUAGAACGACAAGGGAUGUUUUGGACCGUGUGCGUAGGUCGGGGUCAGCAGGACGGAAGGUCAACAGAAGGUCACGUGAUAAGCUUGACCGGAAGCCGGGACAGCUCUGGACUUCUUCAUUGGAUCAACCUGACGAUUGCUCUGAUGUUGUCGAUAGUGACGGCCGUCGGAGACAGUCUGUUCACAAUCCUAGCGUCUCGGUCUCCAUGGCGACCGAUAGUGACACAUGUACCAGCUCACGUGCAGCCGCUGCCGCUGUACGGAAAGACGCAGCAGAAGGGGGUCUAUCUUUGUCCGGAAAACAAACUUCGACCUCAAACACCGUUAACGGUUGCCGAGAUGGUAAGAAAAGCACCACGAAGAAGAGAGGGUUAAGAACUAACAGACACAUCUCGCGAGUGGGGGUCGAUGGCAACAACUCUAGAUCACCAACGCGUCACGGGCGAGUUUCACCUCCACAGACUCCCUCGCUUACUUCUCCUCAAAAGGCAGGAUUAUCUCCAGAAGUGUCGCUCAAUCUAGUUGGUAGAAAUGGCGAGUCGGCCGAAAAAGCAACCACAGAUAAGGAUCAGGAAGGGAAGAACUCCCAAGAAAAAUCUGGGAGCCGUAAGGGUGGUUUAUCCGUCUCAGCGUCCAGAUCAGGAAUGGAGGAUUUGGCCUUACAAGGAAGAGGACAAGGAGGAGGACAAGGAAGAGGGAAAAAACGAGGUGAGGGUAACCCGUCGUGGCGGGCAUCGUCUGCCAGAUGUCUACGGAGAGGACGUACCUACGACUUUUUCCCGCCUGAUGAUGACGUCAGUUUGGCUGCAGGGGGAGGAGCGGGUAAAAGGAAAGGAGGAGGUGGAGAAGAAGAUGGAGAUGGAGGACAAGGAGUAGCCGGGGAUGAAGUGAAUAACGCAGCAGUUGAGAUCGAGGAAAGGAAUGAGAGGAAGGAGGAGGAAAAGGCAUUUUUGUCUGAAGAACAGCAAGAGAUUGAAGGGCCGACAACCAUGCUGCUUCUUUCGCUUUUGAAGAAAGAGUUACCCCUGGAGAUGUUUGUGCUUCGCCGAUGUCUGGACGACGCAGUUUUAAGGGAGAUCACUCCCACGGAUUUAGUUGACUUUGUGGGCACAGUAGAUCAUUUGUGGUCCAGGAGAGAGAUGGAGGAGGCAGAAACAGGACCAGGUGAAGGCAAGGGCGAGGAGCCAAAGAGAGAGCUGUUAGAGAGAGCGAUGUCGAAGGAAGGGGAAGAGGAAAUGUUAAAGGAAAAAGAAAAGGAAGAGAUUGGUGGUGGUGAUGAUGAGGAAGAUGUAGAAAAAAUGUUAGAAUGGCUACAAGAGCUCCAGGAGUCUGUGAGCGUGAGUCAGCGUGCGGCUGGGGCGGUCAACAACCUACUGCGUCACGUGGAAGGAGCCUGGUCUAAGAGUGGACAAUGUGACGUCAUGUGUGGAAAUCCGCUCGGAUUUGUUCAGGUCAGAGUCUGAGGCUUCAGCAAAAGCGGACGUGUAUGGAGGAAGGAGAAGUACUUCUAGGCCCAGGAACACAUAUUAUGUUCGCAAUGAACAAAACACAGGUGUUCAAAAUGAACCGAAUACAGAAUAUGUUCACAAGGAACAAGACAGCCACAAUGAACAAGAGACAUAUGUUCACAAUGAGCUGGACACAUAUGUUCGUAAUGAACAAGCGACAUAUGUUCACAGUGAACAAGACACUGACGUUUACAAUGAACAAGACACAUAUUAUGUUCACAAAGAUGAAGACAACCAAAAUAUACACACUGAGUGUAACAGCAACGACGAUGGUACAGUUAUUCACAAUGAUAAAAAACUACACAAUGUUCACAAAAAUCAACACAGAGAUGCCCACGAAGGACGGACUAGUCCUAGAUCAAGCUACGAUGACACAGACGCUCUUCUUAAUGAACGAAACAACAGCAGUGAGACAGGUGCUUCCAAAGGUCAAGACAUAGAUGUUUACAGUGAACAAUACAGCUACGAAAUCCACAAUGAUCGUGACUCAGACAACUCAGCUGAGUACAACACCAGAAGCCCCUCUCCCCUGGUUUUGGGCAGACCCGUAGGUUGUUACGGAAAGGGGGAAGAUUCUAGAGUAGAUGAAGACGCGUGUUGCCAUGGUCACGUAGAAAAUGGAGCUGAGUAUGUGGUGGAGGAGACCAAAAAUGAGGUGAAUGACAGUGGAGAGGAAGAAGAGGGCGAGGAAGAGAAAGCUUACAAGGAAGGGUGGGAAGAAGGAAAUCAGGAGAGGAAUGAACUUCGUUGGAAUAAGAAUGAGGAAGAGGACAUACAACGAGAUGGUUUUGCAGAAGCCGAAGAGGUUGAAGAAAGGAAAGGGGAGGGACAGAGCGGUGAAGAAGAAACAGAAAUAGAAAAGACAGCCUGGGAGGACCCAACAGGGAAAGAGGAGGAGGAAGAAGAAGAAG